GAAGCUCCACGUUAUUGUUGCCCCCUUUUUCCGCCGGAGAGUGUUUCACUCGGUUUCACUAUGGCGAAGGAAUAAACAAAUAGAGCAGCAGGAGGAACUGUGUGAACACGUCCCUCGGUCGGUGACUAACGGUGUUUUAUUAAUGUCUGGUAGCGGUAGCAGACUUUAACCGGGUCCGGGUGCUGCCGGGGGUAUUUGAGAGCGGUUCGGACCCAGAUGCUGUCAGAGGGAACGGAAAGCGAUGAAAAGAGCUGAAGUAGUUUGCUUGUUCUCAGCUGGAGGAGCCGGUGGUGCGAGCGGACCGUCCCGACCUUUUAUUUACUCCCGUUUUACUGUUUUUCUGCUCAUGCUAACCUCACCACCGUUAGCUUAAAGACGUGUUUUAACGUUUUCACUCCCAGAUAUUUGUUUUCGCUUAUUUCUCUGUGCUCUCAAUCGGGCUGGAAAAUGUUGACUGGAUCCAAAACCACGUUUAAAGUCCGACAGAUGCUCCCAGAUGUCAAGGAGAGGAUGCUGAGCCAGAGUGGCGUCAAUGCCAGGAGUCGAGACAUGUUCGAACUGCGCUGCCUACCAGGGGAGUGUGUGCUCCAGCGAGCCAUUAUGGUGAGGAAGAAGCUGACAGCCAGUGAAGGCCGAGGCUGGAUCUCCGGUACCCUGUUCUGUACACACUUCAGAGUGGCCUUCGUACCCCAGGACAGUUCCAAACCCGAUGACAAUGCAGAUCCCAUCCUACUCGGAGAUCAUGAUGUCGCCUUGGCAUCGAUCGAGAAGGUCGUGGCUGUUGGACCCAACAGAACUAAGCUGGUGACUCCCAACUCCUCGCUGAAGUUCACCCCAGAAGAACUGGUGCUUUACUGUAGAGACAUGCAGGUCACGUGCUUCCUGUUUGACCGGCUGACCCCUGACGCUCAGGUCAUAGAGAUAACCUACACCAUCGCCAGGACAUACCAGCCUCUCAAACCCGGGGCUGUUUUAUCUUUCCAGAACGCUGCCCUUGGAAGUGUAGAAAUGAAGCAGUUUCUAAGCAACCGUCGCCGAGACACCCACAUGAACUGGUUUGAUUCAGCUUCAGACUGGGAGCAGGAGCUGGAGAGGUGUGGAGCCACCAGCUGGAGAGUCAGUUCAGUCAACGACCGCUUUGAAAUGUCCACCAGUCUGUCCAGAUUCAUCGUGGUUCCACACAAGGUUCUGGACACGGAGCUGAAGAAGAGCUUUUCCCAUUUUAACGAGGGACGGAUCCCCCGCUGGUGCUGGAGGCAUCCCCGAGGCAGCGAUCUGCUGCGGAUGUCCAGCUUCCAGAACAACAUCUACCACGAGAAGGACGACAUCAGAAACCUGGAGAUGAUCCUGUUUGGUUGUCAGUCCUCUCUGUGUGUGGUGGUGGAGCUGGGGGAGGAGCUACCGACGCCCACUGACAUCCAGCUGGCUCACAGCCGGCUACGCGCCCUCUGUCUGGGAGAUAUCUCCACUUCCGUUUCUGUGCCUGAUGACAAAUGGUUAUCUACCCUGGAAAACACCCACUGGCUCGACUACAUCAGGUCCUGCCUGAGGAAAGCUUCAGAGGUGGCCUGUUUGCUUCGCAGCGGUCACCUGACGGUGGCACUGCAAGAGGUGGAAGACCGGGACAUGAGCUGCAUGGUGUCCAGCCUGGUGCAGGUGAUGUGUGACCCCCACUGUCGGACCCAGCACGGCUUCCAGGGCCUGGUGCAGAAGGAGUGGGUGAUGGCUGGACACCGCUUCUACAGCCGCAUCAACUAUCACCGUGACAACGACAAAGAAGAGUCUCCAGUCUUCCUGCUCUUCCUGGAUUGUGUCUGGCAGCUGUGGUUCCAGUUUCCUUCUCGCUUCCAGCUGACUGAUGACUUCCUGUUGGCUCUGCACGACAGCGUUCAUCUGCCACUCUUCUCCACCUUCCUGACAAACUGCCAGCGGGAGAGAUGCAAACGUUCCCAGAACCUUGGCCAGUCCUACACCCCCGUCAACGGCUGGAGGGAUGUGCCGAGUCCAGACUCUUCUUCUGAUGCGUCCGACCCUCCUCUGCCUCCGGUGUGGGACUGGGCCUUGCAGUACAACCAGGAGAGACGAGAUCGUUUCACCCAACCUAUCCCUCCAACUCCCCCGCUCCAGCCGCUGCUCAACGGAAACCUCAACACCAACCCGGAGGCACACAGGCAGCUGAUGGACACCAUCCCUGGCUCAGUGUUCCUGCUGUCUCGGGGCACCUUCACCUGCCCUGCCAACCUGCCCCCCUGGCGCAGCAACACUUCUGGCAUUUACAAAAAGAGCCACCGGAGGGCGCCGUCUUCUGAGGGCGUGCCCGGUCUAGAGAGGCUGCUGAAAGCAUGGGCCCUGGCAGAGUUCCCUCAGAGCAUCCCGUCCACCUUUGGACCGCAGGGACCUCUCGACCCCUAUGAGCCCCUGCUGCCCCUCCUCAUGGGGCCCUGCAUGGGGUUGUGGAGAGAGUGCUACCUCCGGGGGGCGCUCCAUGCUCAGGCCUUCUCCCAUCCCGUCUCCACCAACCAGCCCCAUCCUGUGGAGCGUCUGGCUCAGGAGGUGCAGCAACUCAGAGACAAGCUGGCACAAGCCUCCACCAGCACCAGCACUGACCUGCCCACCGUGACGCCUAAACCGCGGCGAACUGACACCAACCUGAACCGGAGCACCAACAACAGCACCUUCCUGUACCUGACAUCGAGGACUCCGGCCACGGCGGCAGCCCCCAGGCCGGCUCCCCCACCUACCUCCAACAACCAAACCUGCAGGGCCCCUUCCUCUGCCUCAGCACCGCUGUCCAGGCCCGGGAGCAGAGACCGCGGCAGCACCAACAAGCACUCGUUCCUGUUUGGGAACUCAUCUGUAACGGAUGCUCAAGCCGACCGACGCUACUAUCCCCCACCCACCAACGCCAAGUUGCCUAAAAGCAACGGGCCCUCGCUGGCCUCAUGAGACCUCGUCACACCCCAGAACCAAACCCAACACCUCGCUCACUGACAUCCAGAACCAAGGACACCCGAACAAGAGCACGUCUGGAAAUAACGAGGAGCUGCUUGGUGGCUAUGCUGUAUAAACUACAACGGUGUUCUGGUUUAAAACACGACCUGGAUAGAUGGAGGCAGUUUAUUUUUAGUCUCUUCUGAUAACGGCAUUAGGAGGCCGGUUCCACAGGCGCUUUGUCAGCCUUUAACCUUUAAACGUUUCCAGUGACUCUAAAACUUGAUUUUUUUAAAAUAUCUUUCAGUCACGUUGAUACACAAAGGAGAAUUCUGUCCGGUUUGUUUCAGCUGUUUCUGACUUUACUGUGGAAUUCAGGACACAGGAGCUAUUUUUGGUACCUCUCUGCCCUCGCGUCGCUUUGGAGCGGUCAGCCCGGAUCCUUCCAGGGCUGAACAAGUGUAAUCCCGUACAAACAUUUCACUUACUAAGUAUUAUUUAUCAGUGUCUAAUGUGGGAAACAGAAAUGUAUGACCAAAGUUUGAUAACUUUUUUUUUGGUGGAACCUUAAAGGGAAAGUCAGCUUUGAAAAUGAGGGAACGUUCUGUUUUCUCUGAUGUUUACGUUUGCAGUUAGCAUUCAGGUCAACUGCUUGAAUUAAAGGAAUGAUUUUUUUUUU